ACAUUUGUAUGUAUGUUUUUGGUAAGAUGCCCUCAUUGGAAUGCUACCAAAAAUAGCUCGCUCGAGUUUUUGUAACGAAUCGACGGAAUCGUGUUUCUGACCGUGUGAAUUCCAAAGGGAAAAUAUUAUUCUGGAACGUGUGCUCGAAAGGAAUAACAUUCGAUAGUGUCUUCCACGAAACCCAUCCAAACUCCAUCAUGAGCAAACUGCAGAAUCCCGCAAAAGUCGCAUUGCGCAGCAAAAUAAAAGGCAUCCUCGAGAGCAUGACCGUCGCGGACAGGACAAACCAAUCGGAUCUCAUUACCAAAAUGAUCCAGCGGCUUCCUUUCUAUGACGACUGCCAAAGGAUAAGCAUUUAUCUGAGCACUGAACGAGAGGUCAAUACUGUCCCGAUGCUGACGGAACUAUUUCGUCAGAAUAAAGAGGUCUUCGUUCCGACGUACAACCGGACGACGAUGCGAAUGGUUAGACUCAACGAUAUGGCAGAUUACGAUAAUCUGCCAAGAACCAGCUGGAAUAUCAAACAGCCGAACUUCGAGGAUGCCACACGGGAGAAUUGUCUAGCAACAGCUGGCCUUGACCUGAUUAUCCUUCCCGGUGUCGGUUUCACCCGUGGCAACCAUCGUCUUGGCCACGGCGGAGGCUAUUAUGAUCGUUUCCUACGUGACUAUUUCUCGAAAUUCCCUAAUUCCACCAGCCGAAGGACCUACCUUGUGGGAGUUGCAUUCCGGGAGCAAAUGGUCGCCGAAGAGCUGCUGCCAACCGACGAGCACGAUUUCCCCCUGGACAUGGUCGUGUGGCCGGAUGACGAGGUGAAAGUUUAAUAACACAAUUACAUCGCAUGGUCGCGUGGUGGGAGAACAAAAUUUCGAGACUGGCAGCCGCAUGGAGGUUCUUUCCGGAAUGACAUUAUCGGACGGUUAUCAAAAUUUUAUAAUUUUUCACGUUUUUCAUGUUUCUCGACUCACAUUUUGCGUUUUGGCUCGCGAUUAACUUAUGCUACGAUCUAAUAUGUACAGCGAAACUUUACACGCAAUGCAACUUAAAUAAUUAAAUGACUAAAUCACAAUAUGUUUAGCUCUUUCGAUUUAUUUGUCCAUUUUUCGCAGGAUCAUAUUUAUUGAGCAGUAGCAGAAUGGUUUCGGUAACCCUUUCGACAUGAAAGAUGAGAUUGAAUUUCUUCCGGCUAUCCUGCAUCCACAAUUUUCAUAAUAAUUAACAAACCUGGAGACAACCAGAGUCUUUGUUCUCGCUUCCUUUAGGAUCAUUAGCUGUUUUUUUUUUCAUUCUGUCGGGGGCUGUAUUAUCAGUUGGCGUCAACAGGGAAAACUUUUCUUAAUUAAAUCCUAACAGUAAAAGUUUUUCAGCCUGACUGCUUCGCUAUUUCUGACACA